ACUGGGCGGGAGGCGCUUCGGAUCCCGCGCACUGGAAAUGGCUAUUUUUUUGUAUCUUGUCAAUGAAGGGACGGGUAGGGGCGGAGGACGGACCGCGUCUCAGGACUUCUUUCAGUCCGUGGUUGCAAGCGCUUGCGCUGACACCCUCCGCAUGUUACACGAUAUCCCCAACGGUCUGCCGGCGAUCGGAUCUCGAACUAUGAGUUACGAAAGUUGUGAUAACAGAGUGCUUAUAAAACGGGAAGACGAGACGGAGUACAUCGACGAGGACGAACGAUACUUUAACUACGCACCAGUCGAAAUUAAAAGGGAUGCGGAGAUGCAGGGCUUCGCGCCAUCGUCCCCCGCACAUCUAAUGGACCUGAGCAACGGUCCCGACCGACCCCCACACAUUCAGCAGUCCUGGACGUCCAACGUUAUCUUCGACGGUGAUGAAAGAGACUACCCUCGGACCCAUUAUACUCCGUACGAUCAAUUAUACGUUCCAGAUCAAAGAUCGAUUUCGCGGAGUGUGUAUUUCGAUGACUCGAGUUCACAAGACAGGGUGACAAAUUAUUACGAGGCGAACGGUAUUCCAAAACACGGUGAAAAUGUCUACAGAGCUUCAACAGAGGAGCGUAGUGAUGAGAACGAAGACCAGAGGUCAUCAAGAAAACGCUCCUCGAAAUCAUCCCGUAAGAAAGCUCAGUCUUUCGAAGAGAUGCAGAUACAAAGGGUGAUGGCUAAUGUAAGAGAACGGCAGAGAACGCAAAGUUUAAACGAAGCCUUCGCGAGUUUGAGGCAAAUUAUUCCAUCGCUACCAAGUGACAAGCUAUCGAAGAUACAAACCCUUCAACUGGCCACACAGUACAUCGAAUUCCUGUACCAGAUUCUGUCGAACAGUGAGACUUCCUCCACAGGCAGUGAUGUUAGCAGCGAUUCCGGAAGUAUCGACCACGGAAAAUAUCUAGCUCAGGAUAAGUUAAGUUAUGCAUUUUCUGUGUGGCGAAUGGAAGGCGAGUGGAAUGGUCAAUCGUGAUAGUUUACUUGUUGGACUGAUCUAAAGACGCUUAUUUUAUUCCAUGCUGUUAUAAAAGAUUGUUUAUUGAUUAUUGUGUAAAGAUUCGAAGUUUAGACAACUAGAUUUAUAAACUAGUAAUAAGGCGAUUAUGUAAUAAGAAAUUGUGAUACUUUAUUAAGGGUAUAAUGCUAAAACUAAUGUGACAUAAUGUUUUAUAGGUAAAAUAGAAUUCUUGAUUUGUGGGAGACUUCGGCCAAGGUUGGUCGACGUGCCGCCAAGCGAUUUCGCGUUCCGGUCCGAUGUUGCGAUGUAUGGGCUAUAACUGUCAUCCCCUAACAGGUUACCCCGCUCCCAUCUUAACUGCACCCGCAUUCCCAUCUCAACUUGUAGUGGAAUUCACAAAUGUAUAGAUAUAUUAUUAUAUAAAGACAACAAUUAGGUUAUAAAUAUACAGCUGUAUACCAAAAACAUGUAGAAGGUAGGUCCAUAGCUAUGACUGAAUUCCAACUCUGUACAUUUUGUAUGUUAAUAAUUAAAACAUGGUUUAUAAAUAAAUUCGUUAACCUUUAGAUUAAAUC